AUGAACGACAACUUUAUCGCUUCUUCUUCUUCCUCAGACCGCCGACACCAUCAGCAACAACAGCAAUCAACUUCGGGUGCCAGUUUGAGUAGGAUACUGGAUAAUGGUUCGGUCGUUCACCCUCACCAACACGCGUCGCCUCCACAACAUUCGCCGCCGUAUCACCACUAUGGCGGUGACUAUUCGAAUGAACGAGGAAGAGAUUAUUAUCACCCUCGUCCAAUACAAAAACCACCAACCCCCCAACAACAACAUCAUCAACAACAACAUUCACCACCGCCGCCUCCGCCCACCCACAAUCAACAGCAGGAACAAGAGGCCAGCCUAAGCUUGAUGAUGCUGGCCAACAAUCAACAUUAUGGUUCAUCAUCACAAAGAGAUCACUAUUCCUCAAAGGAUGGUGACCAAAUGUCAGAUGUUGAAAUGGCUGUUUCAGCCAUCUCCUCUCUAUCCGACACAAAACCCGAUCACUCACAGAUGAAUGACACGUCACAAGGAUAUCGUCGACAUCCUGAACAUAACGAGCCGUACUCAGAGGAAAUGAGAGGCGAAGAUAACUCGGUGCAUCACCAGAUGCCGGGUCAGCCAAACCUAGAGUACCAUCCGAAUGAUCUCGGAGGUGGCCGGAAACAUUCAAAGCGGCUAUCGAACGGAUCGUCACAAUUGCUGGUUAGUCCGUCGAGAAUUCCCCAAAAGGAUCACAAAGUCAUUACAAAGCGUAGUCCUCAGAAACGUAGGCUAUCUAAUGCAAACGACUAUCGGGCCUCUGGUGGUUCAAAGUUGAACGAUCUGAGAGAGUUGAGUGAAGAAAGAAAGUCGAACAAUCUGAUUCAAAUGCCACAAGGCGUUGGAUCACCUCCGAGUCCCGUUGAUUCCAAAUCUUUAAAUAUCAGGCAUCACUACCUGAUGAACCCAAGUAAUCAGAAUGAUAGGUAUCAAUCGAAAACUUCCCCAUCACCUGCUCACGUACCUAAUGGAUUUUCUCCUGGUCCGGGAGUUGGCGGUAUGGUCGGAGCCUAUCCAGAUAUGCCACCUUCGCAGCCACCUAUACAACAAUUACAGUCAAAUGGUCAAAUGCCUCCGAUGCGCGAGCACUUGGGUGCUCAAAUAUUGAAAAAGUAUGCUGAUAUGCAACGGCAGCAGGGAAAUAAUAGCGGAGGUGAAGAUCAUAUAUCACCUCAACCGCCCUCAAGUAACGGGGCUCUUAAUCGACAGUCGAUGGUACCUAAUGGUUCUCCGUCGAUGAACGGUGAUCACGGGAUGGUGAACCUCUCGAUGCAUCACCCUCAAGUUAACGGUAAUGGCAUGUACGCUCCAUGCGUGGAAUCACAUCCUGGAUAUCCUCCGAUUCAUCAACAGGGUAAUCCGGGCUAUAUGCAUCCUUCGGAGGUGAAUUCUCAGGGCAUGCACCCUCGUCGCAUUUCGGAUCCUCCGAUCAAUUCUGUUCCGGCGUCGAGAGGUGUGCACGGAAAGUCAUCACCGGUGCCACCUCCACAGGUACCACCACACUCUCCCGCAAUAGGUCAAACUUCCCGAGGCGUCCCUCAACCUCAGGGUCACCUCUCAAGUUAUCAUUCUCUUCCACCCCCUCCACGGACGAGUAGUAGUUCACGUUUGCUGCAACCUGUGGUAACACCAUCUCACCAUCACCAAUCGCCCUCACAGUUGGAGCCCGUUGGCCCCUCGAAUGGUAGUCAACCGCAAAUUAUGGGUCAUCCGUUGACGGACUUCAUUAGAGAUAGAGAUCCGUUGGCCUCGGCCGGUGGAUAUAAUGGCAAUAGGCAUCAUCCAGCCUCAUCACAUUCCAACGGAGUGGGACCUCCUCCGCUCUCACAUCAGCAUUCGG